CCGGGCCAGCCGCGCCCCAGAAUCCUCCCCUCCGCUUCCCUGCGACACCGCCGGCCACAGCCAAGAGCGGCUGCGGUAAGGACGGGGCCAGCGCGUUGCCACAACCGCCAGACUAACACCCAAACAAGCAACAAACGGCUUCCGCGCCACGGUCUGGCGGGUUUCCACUUCAGCUCCACGCCCCAAACCCAGUCCCCGGGCCCAAGGGGGGAGGGCUUAAAGAAGAUGUGCACCAAUCGUUAUAUAGAUGUGGAGAACGUCUGGCCUCUGGACCAACGAGAGAGAUGGUGGGCGGAGCCAAAGGCGUGGGCUCGUUCAGGGAUUUAAACAGCGGACCGUUAACGACUACACGGAGCGUGGAGGUGCUGUGCGCCUGCGCGGGUAGGAGACAGUGUUCCGGAGGGAGCAGCGACUGCUAGACCCGCGGCAGCGGCGGCUGAGGCUGGUUUCCUUUUUGUUAACUCAAAUACAGCCAGUCAAUGCAAACCAAAAUAAGGUGGCACAAUAGAAGCUAUCUGAAUUGAAGAAAUACUAUCCAUGGUUAUAUUUCCCAUUAGGAGUAGAACCUGGAGACAAAUUUUCCUUUAAGCAGUUUUAAUGACAGAAAAAAAGACAAGCUUAUAGUGUACAGGAAGCAAUGGAGCAACUGAUAGGACCUGGUGGACAAAAAUGGGCCAAUAUGGAUCCAGAAGAGCGAAUGUUAGCUGCUGCUACAGCAUUUACACAUAUCUGUGCAGGGCAGGGUGAAGGAGAUUCAAGGAGAGAAGCCCAGGUUGGUCAGUAUGAUCCCUACAGUAAAGCCUCAGUAACACCAGGGAAGAGACCAGCUCUUCCUAUGCACCUGCACUUCCCACAUACAGGAAGCCGCGUCGCUUCAUCAACAGUUUCAGAGAUUUCCCAAAAAUGCAGAAAACCAGUGAUGAAGAGGAAGGUGCUGCGCAGAAAGCCAGAUGGGGAAGUGCUAGUGACAGAUGAGUCUGUUAUCAGUGAAUCUGAAUCUGGUACAGAAAGCGACUUGGAUCUCUGGGACUUGAGACACAGGUUGAUGAACUUGCAAUUCCAAGAAGGUACAGAAUCCCCAGUUGACACUUCACAAAAAUUUAACCUACCUUGUGAAUGCCAAGGAAUUUCACAAGAUCAGCUCAUUUGCUAUCUACGAAGAGAAGAAAUGGGCCCUCCUGUUUAUGAACAAGACUUGAUAGUUGCCAGCAGACCCAAGUCCUUUAUUCUCCCCAGACUGGAUCAGUUAAGCCGAAACCGGGGCAAGAUAGACCGAGUAGCCAGAUAUUUUGAGUACAAAAGAGACUGGGAUUCAAUGCGAUUUCCUGGUGAAGAUCAUAGAAAGGAAUUACGCUGGAGUGUCCGUGGGCAAAUGCUUUCCCGAACAGAACCUCAGUUCAAGCCUCAACAUGUGUAUGUUCCAAACAAUUACCUAGUGCCAACUGAGAAGAAAAGGUCUGCCCUUCGCUGGGGUGUCCGUUGUGACCUUGCAAAUGGCGUCAUGCCUAAGAAGCUUCCCUUCCCUCUUUCUCCUUCUUAAGUCUUUUUAAAAACCUGUCUCUCCUACCAAGAGAUUUAGGAUAACCUACUUCUUUAUCUCUCCUUUAAAUAUAAUUGCCUUGAAAAGCAGGCAGAACACAGAAUAAGGACUUCACUGGUUCUUCCUAGCAUUGUUGGUAUGUCACACAGAUACAGAUACCAUACACCACUUGCAUUUCUAAUUCUCAAAUACAGCAAUUGUGAGGGGGUGGAAAACUACUGAAAUUUGGAUUUUGUCAAAGUAAGUGCCAUUUUGAAACGAUUUAUAAGCUGUGGUUUGUUUUGUUUUUUUUUAAUUUAGGAUUAAACUCAUCUAUUAAAGAAUUUUGGAAAAUGA